CUUAUCUCUGUCAAAUGUCGUCUGCUAAAAAACGUGUUGUUUGUUGCCACUAACCUGAAAAUAAAUAUUUCUGACACUCGGAUACAUAAAAAUUUAUUUAACUUAAAAAAGAAAAGUAAAUAGCUUAAAUUAACUUAAAAUAAUACUUUUACUUAGUUAUAAAUAGAUUAUUCUAACAAAUGAAUAAAAUGUCACAUAGUAAAAGAUCUCCUUUAAUUUUUGAAUUAAUUGCGGAGUGCAACACCUCAAAAGCUCGAACUGGCGUAAUGACAUUAAUUCACAGUGUAGUUGAUACUCCAGUUUUUAUGCCGGUUGGAACGCAGGGUACAUUGAAAGGAUUACUGCCUCAGCAACUAGAGAAUUUAAAUUGCCAAAUAAUGCUUAGUAAUACAUAUCAUCUAGGAACUAGACCUGGUCCCGAAAUUCUUGAAAAAGCCGGAGGUUUGCAUAAGUUUAUGGGAUGGAAUAGAAGCUUAUUAACAGACUCAGGAGGCUUUCAAAUGGUUUCAUUAUUGAAAUUAGCAGAGAUCACCGAAAAAGGAGUCAAAUUUAAGUCUCCUUACAAUGCUGAAUCUGAAUGUAUGUUAACUCCGGAACAUUCCAUUGAAAUUCAGAAUGCUAUUGGAGCUGAUAUUGUAAUGCAACUUGAUGAUGUUGUUAGUAGUGUAACAACUGGACCAAGAGUUGAAGAGGCAAUGCACAGAACAUUAAGGUGGAUUGACAGAUGUUUAUCUGCUCAUAAAAGACCAGAUGAACAAAGUAUUUUUCCAAUUGUUCAAGGAGGUCUUAAUCCUGAAUUAAGAACAGAAUGUGCUAAACAAUUAAUAAAACGAAAAGUUAACGGAUAUGCUAUUGGUGGAUUAAGUGGAGGAGAAAGUAAAGAUGAAUUUUGGAAAAUGGUUCAUCUCUCUACAGAUAUUCUUCCCAAGAAUAAACCACGAUAUUUAAUGGGAGUUGGAUUCGCAGUUGAUUUAGUUGUAUGUUGUGCACUCGGUAUCGAUAUGUUCGAUUGUGUUUUCCCGUCAAGAACAGCUCGAUUUGGAUGUGCUUUAAUACGAAAUGGACAGUUAAAUUUGAAGCAAGUGCAAUACAAAAAUGACAAGAGACCAAUAGACGAUAAUUGUGACUGUAGUACUUGCAAAGAAUACACUAGAGAUUAUCUUCAUCAAAUCGUUACUGUGGAAACUGUGGCAUGUCAUUUACUCACUGUGCACAAUAUUGCUUUUCAAUUGAAUUUAAUGAAAGACAUACGAGAAAGUAUAAAAGCGCAAAAAUUUACUGAAUUUGUUCAAGAUUUUAUGUUAACAGUGUAUCCAGAUAAAACAUAUCCAACGUGGGUUAUUGAUUCCUUAAAAGCUGUAAAUAUUAAUUUAUUAUGAUAAAUAUAAAAAUUAUGAAGCGAA